UUCUCUUAUACAUUAUGCAUAUUCGUCUAGAAGCAACUUGGAGUUGAGGCAUCCCUUACCUGGAAAGUGUAAAUGUCAAAACCAUGGAGUAACAGUGAGCAACAAAUACAAAAGGAAUAUUCCAGAAUGCUUCUUCAAUUGCCAUAGAUCUACCUCUCUUUCUACUAUAUAAACAGCGUUCUCCUUCAUUUAACAUCACACCGCAGCACCAUCAUCAUCUUCUUCUUCAGGCUUCUUAUUUCUCAUCAUCAUCUUCUUCUUCAGGGAAAUGGCGGACUCUUCAACUCCAACAUCACAGUCCAACCAUACCGUAAUAUCCAAUGCAGAUCCUCUGAAUGCUCCUGACCUUUCCUUUUUACAAGAAGAAUUUUUACCAGAAGAAAAUGGAAGGCAAUUGCAUACUAUCUCUGUUUCAGAGGAAGAAAUGCACCCAUUUUUUAAAUUUUGCGCGCCCCUUUACAAAUAUGGUAUGAAAGGUGAUUGGGCAGCAGCUAAACUGAUCUUAGUAAACAAUGACAGACUGAAACAUGCUGCAAUAACAAAAGGUUGGAGUACACUGCUCCAUGUUGCUGCAGGUGCUAACCAUUCUCACUUUGUGGAAGAGCUGCUACGUAUGCUCGACAAUGAACACGUUUCACUGCAAGAUAUCAAAGGCAACACUGCUUUUUGCUUUGCUGCAUCAUCUGGAAACAUGAGUAUUGCUAAAUUAUUAAUAGAGAAAAGUCCACACUUGCCAACAGUCAGAGGUGGAGGUGGGUACCUCCCAAUUCAAUUUGCUGUCAUGCAAGGAAAAUGUGAAAUGACAUGGUUUCUGUAUAGCGAAAUCCACAGAGAAGAAUUCGAAGAACCUGAUAGGAAAUCGUUGUUUUUCUCUAGUAUCAAAACCGGCAAUCAUAGGUUUGCCUUACAAAUAGCAGAAAAGUGGCCAGACCUAGCUUUGGCACGUGAUGAGAAUGAUGACACAGCUUUGCAUAUCUUGGCUUUCGAUCAAACGCCCUUACAUUCUUGUUCUCAUUGUCGUGAUAUUGCAAAUCCCAUCAGCAUCAACCCCGGAAUGAAAAAGGUUGUGACUUUGCAAUUGGUUAAAUAUCUCUGGGAAAAGAUUCUUCUCAAAAAAAAGAUCUCGGAAGUAAUUCGAAUCAUAAGUGAACCUUACCAGGCAUUAUUUGAUGCAGCAGUAGUUGGUAACUUUGGAUUCUUAUCAGAGCUUAUCAGUGCUUACCCUAAUUUGAUAUGGGAAGAGAACGAAGAAAAACACACUAUAAUUCACACGGCAGUUUCACAUCGCCAUGCUGAUAUCUUCAAUCUAAUACAUGAGAUAGAUUCCCAAAAGGAUCUCAUAGUAACAUUAAUGGUCAAUCUAAGUCAUCCUUCACCUUCUGAAACUGAAGCAAUGACAAAUAACACUUUAUUGCAUUUGGCUGCAAAGUUAGCCCCCUCACGUCAAGAAUUAGUUACUGGAGCAGCAUUCCAGAUGUGCCUCGAGAAAAGGUGGUUUGAGGAGGUGAAGAAGAUAAUGCCUCCACAUCUUAUAAUAAAGAAAAAUUCUGCUUUUCUAACUGCUAAGGAUUUAUUCACAAAGGAGCAUGAAGGAUUGCGAAAAGAUGGAGUAGAGUGGAUGAAACGUACUGCUGAGAAUUGCAUGCUUAUCUCAACUGUUAUUGCUACAGCAGUGUUCUCUGCUUCGAUUAAUAUACCAGGUGGUAUUGAUGAUGGAACAAACAAACCAAAUUAUUUGAACCAAACAUCAUUUUUGGUAUUUGCAAUAUCAGCUGGAGCGGCUUUCAUCUCAUCUUCAACUGCAAUAUUAAUAUUCUUGUCUAUUCUCAUGUCACGUUAUUCUGAAGAUGACUUUUACCGGUCACUGCCCUUCAAGUUGAUAUUUGGACUUCUAACUCUAUUCAUCUCCAUAGCAUGCAUGAUGGUAGCAUUUGCCUGUGCUUUCUUUAUAAUGUACAACUAUGGUUCGUGGAUUGUACCGAAUUCAAUUGCAGUACUUGUUUGUCUACCAUUGCUUUUAUAUAUAUUUCUGCAAUAUUCGUUAUGGUCGGAUAUCAUAUAUUCAACCUUCAAUUGUAGGUCUCUAUUUCGUCCAACCAAAUGUAUGAUCUAUACAUGA